AGCUGACACUACUCUGGGAUAUACUGAACAUAUACUGAACAUAUACUGAACAUAUACUGAACAUAUACUGAACAUAUACUGAACGACAGAGAGGAAGAGGAAGAGGAAACAACCAGGAACUAAAGCACUGUCCCACUAUAUUGACCUGACUGAGGAUAGAGAGAGAGGGGACGACAAGAUAACAAAACAACCAUAACGAGAGAGGGGGAUGAGAUGAGAAGAGGAAACACGGAAUAGACUUUGUUUGGAUCAGAGGGACAGUAUUGUUUCCGAGCUACAACAACAGAGAGCACAGAGCAAUUUCCUUGGUGUCAGGUUCUGGUGUGGUUGCUGUUAGGGACGUGGAGGUUCCAUGCUACUUCAGUGCCAUUGACAGUGCCAGGGCACGCGGUGUGGUAGUGGUAGCAUUGAAUCUGGGGAUGACACCGCUGUUCUCCUCAACCAGAUAGUGUUCAGCGAGGUGUGUGCUGUUGAAGUCCGGUCACCCUCAGUAAGCUAUACGCUCUCCGGGCCGGGCCCUCGCCGCUGCUACAGUCCUGUCACCUUCAGUAGGCUAUACGCUCUCCGGGCCGGGCCCUCGCCGCUGCUACAGUCCUGUCACCCUCAGUAGGCUAUACGCUCUCCGGGCCGGGCCCUCGCCGCUGCUGCAUUAGGAGCUGCCAAUCAGAACCAACAACCAACUCCGCACGGACCGCAGCAGCUGAACUGAGCUCACUGACAGAGCGGGUAGUGAACACGAGACUCAACACAGGGACUGAACAUAGUGACUGGAAGCAACCGUGUGCAGCAGAGAGAGACAUUGUGCUACUGUAUAAUCAUACAGAAGGAUGACACAUAUAAAGGUUAUACUGUAGGCCUACAGUGGGAUGGUUAGAUAGAUAGAGAGAUAGCCUAUAGAGUAAUGCUAUGUGUGAUACUGUUGGCUGUUUAAGUCACACAGGGAGACAGUAGUCAUUUGUCAAGCUGUUACCAUCACAGUGGGAGACGGUGAUGUGUGAUAGUGAACAGUGGGAGACGAUUUAGCUGAUGGCAUGUUUGUGUUGUCAAAAGUAUCAUGUGUGGGGAUGGAGCCCAGAGUUGAGAGAUAUGAGUACAGAAACAGCUUCAUGUACAGUACAGUAUAAUGACUUGUUUCAGAUGGUUUACUCCGAUGUGUCUGUCUGGCUGAUGUAGAGUAAAGAUAUUGGUUUGUUUGGUAUUGGGUUUCUGGUCUGUGGUUUGCCGUUUGACUGGUUCUAGCCUGUUGGUUUGUAUCAUUGCUUUGUUCCAUUGAUUUGAUGUUUAGUUAUGUAGUCCUACACAGCAGUGCAGCUCUGUUUGCAGGCAGUCAUUUGGCUAAUUGUGUGGUGAUAGUUAGUAGCAACGUUGUAAGACAUUCUAGAUCUACGCUGUGUUGAUGUUAGAUCGCUGGUAUUUUAUCCAACUCUGAAGAAACGUGCGUGUUGUGUACUGGUAAAGCCCCGGCUUUGUUGUGUGUCACUGCAGCCCUAGCUGUGCUCUGCUGUGCUCUGCUGUGCUCUGCUGGGCUCUGCUGUGCUCUGCUGGGCUCUGCUGUGCUCCGCUCUGCUGUACGGCGGCUGUGUCCUGUGUCACAGAGGAAGCAUUGAUCAGACAGCUACUGAGGCUCAAUACACAAUGAGGCCUGGCCCGAGAUCUCUCCUCCUCCCAACCCCCCUCUCCCUCUCCCUGCGUGCCCUGGUCCUGCUCUGCCUUGCGACGCGUUGCCAGGCGGUACAGGCUGAGAAUGUGACAGUGUUGGAGGGAGGGACGGCCCAGAUCUCCUGUCGUCUGCAGAACUAUGACGGCUCCAUCGUGGUCAUCCAGAACCCUCGCAGACAGACCCUCUUCUUCAACGGCACACGAGCGUUGAAGGACGACCGUUUCCAGAUGGUUCUCUUCACUCCCCGACUGGUGCGCAUCACCCUCACCAACGUGAGCGUGUCGGACGAGGGCGGCUACUUCUGCCAGCUCUACACCGACGACACCCACCACCAAGUGGCCACGCUGUCCGUGUCCGUCCCUCCCGACACCCCCACGGUGGAGGUGAAGCAGGAGGCCGUGGAGGGGGGCGAGGUGGAGCUCACCUGCCUGUCGCUGCGCAGCAAGCCCCCCGCCACGCUGCGCUGGAUCAGGGACCGCCGGGAGAUACCAGGUGUGGUGUCCCAGCAGGAAAAUGGGAAGACCGUGAGUGUGUCCAGCACCAUCCGUCUCUCUGUGGAGAGGAAAGACAACGGGGCAGCGGUCAGCUGUGAGGCAUCCCACCCCGCCCUGGGGGGGCAGAAGAGGGUCCGCCACUACCGCCUCGACGUCCACUUUGCCCCCACAGUGAGGAUCAUCCCUCCCCCUGGCAUCCUCCGAGAGGGAGACUCUCUCAGCCUCACCUGCUCCAUCACUGGCAACCCACUGCCUAGGGAUGUCCAGUGGACUAGGAUUAAUGACACCUUACCUGAGAGGGCGGAGAUCUCUGGCCCCACCCUCCAGGUGUCCCGUCUCAGCCAAUCACACAACGGGACCUACCUGUGUCAGGCGCAGAACAACUACGGCCGUGCCGCCGACCACUACGCGCUGCUGGUGUACGAGAAUGUGUCUGUCACUACCAUGGUCCUUUCCACCUCCCAUCACGCCACCUCCCACCCAAUCACCCUCCUCAUAACCCCCAGCUACGCACCGGACCCCCGAGACCCCGGGGCAGUGAUUGAGACCCACAGUGCAGUACCGUACGCUGUGAUAGGGGGCAUCCUGGCUCUGCUGGUCUUCACCAUCAUCUGUGUUCUCAUCAUCACCAUCUGGUGCUCUGUCCGACAGAAAGGCUCAUAUCGUACCCAGGAGCCUAUACUUAAUUGGUACUGACCUAAUUCUAACUGAACUAAUAAUUAAUCACAGGUUCAUAUCUUACCCAUGAGGCCAGUGGGUUGGACGAGCACGGGGAGGUCCAGGAGGCUUUCCUCAACGGGAAUGAUGCCAGUCAGGGCAAGAAGGAGUACCUACUGUAGCCUCCAUCCCCAAAAGCCACACCCCUCCCCCAACACGCCAUGAUGGGUGGCCUUCUGAAUCGACUGUAAUACUACUGCACACAGACCACAUCACAGACCACAUCACAGACCACAACACAGACCACAACACAGACCAGAACAGAGACUGAAAGAGAGACGAUCCAUCCAGCCCUUACAUUACAACUGUGCCAUACUGUAGGUGUACUGGAGGAAGGAGUGAGGGAGCGAGGGAGGAUGACAGAGAAAGGGGGAAGUGAUAAUAGGGUCAUUAUUUUGAUAGAGAGAAGAGAUAACAAGAAAGAAAGCCUCAGCACUUUCCUUCCCUGUGGUAAUUGGAGAGAGAGAGAGGAAAGAGAAAAAAAACUUCAAUUUCCAAAAUGUUCCAUCCAUAACUGGCACAGACAAACAGGUGGUGUGGGUAUGGUUUCCAGAAGCUAUUGAGUUUGAAUGCUCAAUUUGAUUACUUGAAAUUGCCAAAGCACAUCAGCCCACAGAGAGCAGCUCAUCUAUAAUUAUUUGACAACAUUGCAGAGUGUUACCCUGAAAGUCUCUUAAAGUUUUUCUGAACUAUUCAGUCAAUUCUGCAGACGACCCAGGUAUUGUAUUUGCCGUCCGUGCUGGGGAGUCUGCCAAUGUUUUCUGGGUAAUUUAGAAACCUUCCUGUUAUGAAUGACUGCUUUCCUCGCAGAGCAGAACUGUUGUUUCUGUUCUUUGAAUUCUCUCUCUCUUUCUCCCUCCCUCGCUAUUCACCUCUCUUUCUAGUCCUCUUCUUCUCCCUUGUUCCCUCCCUCCCUCCCUCCCUCUCUCUCUGUCUUUAUCUCUCCUCUAUUGUUGGCCAAUAAAGAAAGGAUUAGUGCCGUCUCCUUUCGUGAGUUAGAAGAAAGGGAACAUAAGUCGACGAGACACAUUAAGGAAAAUCAUAAUUAUUUUAAAAUGCCCUUAAAGGGAUAAAAAUGUUAAAAUGUCUUAUUGAGAAAAAAAAACGAGUGAAAGGAAAGUAAUGAAUAAAGAAAAAUACAUGAUGGAUAUUUUUCUGAAUGCCAUGCACACACACACACACACACACACACACACACACACACACACACACACACACACACUAUCUCUGAAUUCUUUAUUUGUAUAAAAAUGUAAACAGUAAGAUAACUUAAAUUAAUCUUUUAAGAAAUUGAGAAAAAAAACGGUUUACUAUUGAAAGCAUUAUGAAGCUACUAUACUAACACAUUAUUAGCCUAGAGGUACAAAAACAAACAAACUAGUGUCCAGUGAUCAAAAAAGAAAAUAUGAAAAAAAAAAGAAUGUUUCAUUUGUCUUUAUGAAAUACCUGAGGUCUUAUUGAUUUUUUAUUAAUUCUUGUUAUUAUUUGGACUAUUAUGAUUGUUAUUAUUAUUAUUAUUACUGUUAUGAUUGUUAUUAUUAUUACUGUUAUGAUUAUUGUAAAUGUUAUAACUGUACACCUCCCAUGUUUGUUGUUUUUGGUUAUUCUAUAGAAACUGCUGUCUUUCCACUUCUCUCUGUCUCUCUAGUUCUUUCUAUCUUUGUCUCCUGUGUCUAUUUGUCUCUUCUUCUCGUCUUUCACUACUGUAUAUUUUAUAGUCACGUUGAUAUAGCUAACUAUUUCUUUAUAGGGGAAAGAUACAAAGCACGACAAAAUAAAAAAGAGUUCAAAAAUAA